AAACAAACUUCUCCUCAACAAGGAAGGACCAUGAGUACAGCAAAUGAUUAAGCGAUUCACUUCAUGGACCUACCUGCCAGCUUUCCUGCUUCCUUGAUCUGUAUAUAAAAACCUGUGCUGCGCACCAAUAACCCUACUGCUCUGGUGUCCUGUUUUCAACACCAUGCACAGCCUCUUGUGCCAGUUCAGUGCUGCCACCCUCUUCCUGGUCCUGUGCCUGCAGCUGGGAAUCAACAAGGCUGAGGAUAGCACAAAUAUUCGAAAACCACUUAAUUUUUAUUUAGACGUUCCAAAUUCUGCAGUGUCAGGCGAGGAGAUCACUGUGAAACUUGGACUUGAGACAGAAUAUAGAGAAUGUUUAGUGGUCAAAGCUUACCUUGUAAGUUCUACCCCAAUGGACGGUAGCUUCAGCUAUAACCAAACCCGCUGCCUCUGUAAUGAUUAUGGAAUUACCUUCUACUGGGACUUUACAGUCCACCAAACUGUCAGAUUUGCAAUAGUGGUUGAAAUUAUUAAGGAAAGAAACAUCUGCCCUAAUGAUGUGGCAGUGGUGCCCAUCAAUGGAGACAGGUAUUACACUUAUCAUACCGUGUUUGUGAGCUAAUGGAAGCCUCUUAUGUCUCUGAAAACCAAUGUAAUUUUUCUCUAAGUAAAAUUGACUGGAAUAUCCAUGACAGUGGUUAAAUAAAAUUCUUACAAGCGUC